AUGGGUGUCUAUAAUGUCUUCUUACAAGGAGAUUUGGUUGAAGAAGUCUACAUGGAGCUGACAACUAGAUUUUGCAGCCAGGGGGAGCCUAAGGUUUGCAGGCUGCAAAAGUCAUUGUAUGCCUCCAGAAAAUGGAACAUUAAAUUAACUAAGGCUUUGAUUUCUGUUGGGUAUCAGCAAAGCAAGCAUGAUUAUUCUCUCUUCACAAAGCAACCGAAGAAUUCUCAUCAAGAAGCUGUAAUCAUAAUUGUUCGAUACAACAAACAAAAUCCAGGGAAGAAAAUUUUGUUGGAUUCAACAAGUGAAUGCAGGCUCACUGCUUACUGUGAUUCAGAUUGGGCAGCUUGCCCCAUGUCAAGAGAAUCAGUGUUUGGUUUCUGUAUUAUGCUUGGAAGUUCAUUGAUUUCAUGGAAGACAAAGAAACAAGGCAUAAUAACAAGGUCUUCAGCAGAAGCUGAGUACAUAAAUUAA